CAGGGAGCCCCAGAUUCUCGUGGCCUCAGCCAGCUUUCCCAGCCCUACAUGGGAGGAGAGAUGCCCUGGACCAUUCUGCUGUUUGCAUCUGGCUCCUUGGCCAUUCCUGCACCAUCUAUCUUCCUGGUGCCCCCCUACCCAAGCAGCCAAGAUGAUGCCAUCUAUAUCUCAUGUACAGCCCCAGAGGACUUCCUGGGGGCCAAUUUCACCCUGUUCCGAGGGGAAGAGGUAGUCCAGCUCCUGCAGGCCCCCUCCGAUCAGCCCGGCGUGACAUUCAAUGUGACUGGUGGUGGCAGUGAGGCUGCUGGGGGUAACUUCCGCUGUCAGUAUGGCGUGAUGGGUGAGCACAGCCAGCCCCAGCUGUCAGGCCUCAGCCAGCCAGUGCAGGUCUCCUUUCCAGUCCACACCUGGAUCAUGGUGCUCUCCCUGAGCCUGGCCGGAGCCAUCCUCCUCAUCGCAGGACUGGUGGCUGUCACCGUGGCGGUCAGGAAAGCUAAAAUAAAAAACUUACAGAAGCAAAGACAGCGUGACUCCUGCUGGGCUCAGAUCAACUUCACCAACACAGACAUGUCCUUUGAUAACUCUCUGUUUGCCAUCUCCACAAAAAUGUUCCAGGAAGGCUUGGUGGCAACCCCAGAUGCACAACUUUGCCACCCAGAGCCUCAAAAGCGGCCCACCUCUACAUCAUCCUCUCCAGAGCUCCCUGAGUUCAGCACUUUCCGGGCCUGCCAAUGAGGCAGAGGAGUGAGAACCCCUUUAUCUGGCUCUCCCAUUUCACUGCCCAAAGCUGCAGAAGCUGGACAUCUAUCUACCCAGAGACUCGGCGGUAGGGAGGAAUCAAGCCAAGGCUUUCUAAGGAGAUGGACUGGCCAGAGGAAGGGGACUCCUGGUGUGACCUUCCUCACAGAAGACAAGAAAAAUCAUCAGGGGAGCAGCUUAGAGGCUGGACAGAAAGCCAGAGCCCUCUUUGUAGAUUCCCUGGAUUGGCCAGAUCACUAAAGAUGUCAUCACUGCAUCUGGACAUCCAGCUGGGCAUAGGAGGUCUACAUUCUGUACCUCUUCCUCUGCUUCCCCAGCUGCACCUGACUUUCAGACUGGGUGUUUAUAUUUCUAUGUUUUCUGUUGUUUCUCACUGUGUAGC